AUCAUCUUCUCAUAAUCACCUCUGCUAGACUUAUCAGAGAAACCUCGACAAAAUGCACCUCAUGGAAAUUGUCUUUAAAUUGGCAUUCUUCUUCGUGCCGGACGCCAACGUUCCAAGAGCCAUAAGAAAGAAACGAAAGGCAAAUGCCCCGAAGCCUCUUCCCUUGGGGCGCAAGCGAGCUUUGAGCAUUUCGAGCGACAUCGACAAGGUUUCCUUCGUGGAGAUUCAGCUGGAAGAACAAAAGGGAUCAACAAGGAAACAAUACAUGUGCUCUCAGCAGCAAUCAAACUUCCUCACUUUACUCCCACUGGAGAUACGUCGAAAGAUCUGGUCGUUUUGCGUUGGAAAUAUGGACUUACAUCUAGUACGAGAGGCAAAGAAGCUCGUGGCUAUCCAGUGUCUCGGGGAAGAGGAGGAAUCCCGGUGGCCACCCUGUGCACAUCUGUGCUGGGGUCAGCCUUCAAGAGCCUUUCCGGGAUACCAUGGCAUUUGUCCGGGCUAUUUGCUAGACACAAAUGGCUGUCCCUUGUUCCCUGACCCAAUUCCGUUGCUUCAAACUUGUCGCAUGAUAUAUUCAGAGGCCAUCCCGAUGCUUUAUCAUGAGAACACUUUCCGCUUCAACCACAUCGAUACUAUUCUCAGCCUAUCGCAGACUAUUCUCCCAUCACGGCUCAAUCUCAUCCGGACCGUUCACCUGGCGUACGCUUUCCCUGUACUUAUGUACGGAGAAGACAAGAGUGAAAAUGCCGUCCCGCCGUAUGACGCUGCUACAUGGGAGGAAACCUGCCGGAUACUCGCGAAUAUGGCUGGUCUUCGAGAGCUAUACAUGCACCUUGGUGGUUCACUGCUUUAUCAUGAGAUCCACGAAGUGCUCGGGCCCUUGCAUCACAUACAGCAGACAGAUGUCUUUGAACUUUUUGUCGGGAUCCGGCAAGAUCCCACGAAGGUGUAUCAAAUGGAUAACAAGCCUUUCAAGUUUGUUUCGCUCAAUGUUGAUACUGGUCGAGGGUGGUUUUGCUGUCGAUAA